AUGCAAGAAAAGCCAAGUCAAGUCAUAUAUGAGGACAGUGAAAGAGAGUUUGAUUACAAAACAGCGAUGGAAGCUUCUACAAGAAACGAAAAUGGGAAGAAACGCUACCACCUUCGUCAUAAGUCCCGCGAGGCCCGGAAUAAGCUCGCGGAAUUGGCCAAUUUUGAGGAGGAUGGAGAUGAAAUAUGCAGCGACUGCUUUCGAGAUUCGGCGCGGUUACGAAAGUACCCACAUUUGAGGUCAAGUCGGGAUUGCGCUACGGUGAGAGAGAGAAAUCGAAUGCAUAAAUUGAACAGAGCAUUUGAAGAGCUAAGAAACGUUAUACCAAAGGAUAGCUACGAUGGAGAAGAAAAACUCUCCAAGAUUGCCACUUUGAGACUAGCUAUUCACUACAUAAAUGUCCUCGAGAACAUCUUGGAACAGGAUUCGGGCGAUGAAAGCGAAAAAGACGAAGACGCCACGAGCAAACGACAACGUUUAAGUGAUGAGGAAACUUCUUCAAACACCAGCAGCGCAGAGCUUGAUUCACAAGGUUCUCCCGAGGGAAUUUUCUCUAAUGAAAGUAAGUAAACAUAAACUUUACGUAAUUUAAGUGUACACAAUUAAGCUUGCGUUCGCUAACAGUUUAAUGCCGAUUCGUUUGAAAAGGUGGCAAAUUUAUCACCUACCCUUGGGGUAAAACGAUAAUUUGCGAGCUUCAAGGGGGUAAAUGAGUCUCCAGCAUAGAAAAGUUGUGUAGUUUGGUGUUACCGCGAGCAAACAGUUUUAACGUAGAAAGGAACUUCAACUCUUGGAGUAAUCCACUUCAAUCCGGCAAAGGAAAUUGUGUGCUCCACCGUUCACACACCGGCUACGCUAUGAAACGUAAACACGAUAAAACGGCUUUUUAAAAUUACAUAUCAACACAUUCUCUUUAGUUUUGAAGUCUGAGUGGUCUUAACACACAUAUAUUUCCUGUGGUGGAUACUUCUAAGUCGGCUUACUUCAUAAAUGGUGCACGAUCUUCCGAUAAAAAAAAAACCCUCUAAACGUAAUCGAUCUGGUCAAUAUAAGCACUGUUCAUUGAUGAGCAAUUUACAACGAGUUGUUUGACUUUUGCAACAUUUAGCGACGUUUACCGACCCUGAGAAUUUUUAAUUUUCAGGUUUUUGGUGCGGUACUCUGGAAGAAUUUGUCGGCCCUCACUGCGAAGAACUUUCUCUCACCGAAGCUCUGGAGGUUUACUCAAUCACUAACCCAAGUCUGACAUCAUGA